AGAGGCUUCGUUCUCAUGCUCGCUACUGGGGUCGGAGGUCAGAGUGAGCGUCUCGCGGGUCGUAGGAGGAAGAUGGCGGUGGAGUCGCGCGUUACCCAGGAGGAGAUUAAGAAGGAACCGGAGAAGCCGAUCGAUCGGGAGAAGACAUGCCCGCUGCUCCUGCGUGUCUUCACCACCAAUAACGGGCGCCACCACCGCAUGGACGAGUUCUCCCGCGGAAAUGUCCCGUCCAGCGAGCUGCAGAUCUACACUUGGAUGGAUGCAACCUUGAAAGAACUGACUAGUUUAGUAAAAGAAGUCUACCCAGAAGCUAGAAAGAAGGGCACACACUUCAAUUUUGCAAUUGUUUUUACGGAUCUUAAAAGACCUGGCUAUCGAGUAAAGGAGAUUGGCAGCACCAUGUCUGGGAGAAAGGGGACUGACGAUUCCAUGACCCUGCAGUCGCAGAAGUUCCAAAUAGGAGAUUAUUUGGACAUAGCAAUUACCCCUCCAAAUCGGGCACCACCUCCUCCAGGGCGCAUGAGACCAUAUUAAAUUUUAUUUACUAUUUCUUGAAUUUAUUUUUCAUUCAGUUAUGUAAAAUAAACUUAUGCUUUUUCCUCCCCUCAUUAUUGACAUUAAGCCUUUAAACAAAUUGUAAUGCAUCUAUUCAGGAGUUAGAUUUGGCUAUGCUAUGGUAUAAAUAUUAAUAGAAAGUCCAUAUGUUUCAAGUCCUUCUGUAAAAUAUGAAGAAAAGUGCUCUUAGCAUUCUAUAUAAAAGUGUAUUGUUAAAUAUAUGUGUGCAAUCAA